UGAAAAAUUUGAGGCACCCAAAGUUGGUGAGAUUGUACGCCAUGUGCACAACCGAGGAACCAAUUUUUAUCGUCAUGGAAUACGUCGCCAACGGCUCUCUUCAGAAAUUUCUGAGAGAUGAUUGUGGAAAGACAUUAACCAUACACUGCCUCAUUGACAUUGCCGCCCAGGUUGCCAAUGGCAUGCAGUACAUCGAGUCAAAAGGUUACAUACACCGAGAUCUGGCAGCAAGGAACGUCCUUAUAGGCGAAAACAGGCUGAUCAAAAUCGCUGAUUUUGGACUUUCUAGAGUAGUGAAAGAAGAUUUUUACAAAGCUACCGAAGAUUCAAAGUUUCCUGUGAAGUGGGCAGCAAUUGAAUCGAUCUAUUCACAAAUCUUCACUAUUAAAUCAGAUGUUUGGUCGUUUGGAAUUUUAAUGGUCGAACUAUUAACAUUUGGAACUACGCCUUACCCAAAUAUGUCAAACAACGAAGUGCAAUUGAGAUUGCAGACGACAUUCAGACACCCAAAACCAGAAGGCUGCAGUGAUGAAUUGUACGAAAUCAUGUUGAAUUGUUGGCACAGGACUCCUGAAAAACGACCAACCUUUGAUUCCCUUUUCCAUAUUUUAGAUGACUUUCUCAUAUCAACUCAGGGUAGCUAUGAUUCUUGAUCUCUUGGAAGUCAUGUUUCGUGUAAUUUAACAAAUAAUUCGCAAUAAUUUCUUAAUUAUUACUUACGCCACUAACUGAAAUUACAUUUAAUUUCGAAUAUAUCAGUUAAUUUGUUAUUAAAUAAACCUAGUAAGCUAACUUAUUAAGUUACAUCAGCAUCCCAACAUAGCAGGUUUCCAUUUCAAAGGCAUUAAAAAUAAAUAAAAAAUCGAGUGUU